CUGCAGCCUAGCAGCAGAAAAGACGGCGUAAACAAAGCUAUAAACCAGGUAACGCCGAGUAACAGCUAGCUAAUGUUUCGUGAAUAAAAUACUUAACUGUAGCUGGAUUCGCCUACAUAUGAAAGCCUGUUUUAGUUUAUGGAUGAGCCCAACUUUCAUUCGUAUGGUAACUGACUCACUCAUGUGCUGAGACUGAAACUAGACGAGUUAACAAGAUACCGUUAUCGCUAGCUACAUUAGCUGUAGCUAACAUUAGGUAACGGGACACGGAUUUUGUAGUUCUGGAAAUCGAUGUUAUCUAAAAUAACGUUUAUCGAUAACACAUGGUAACAGCCACUUUAUUCAGCGCUGGUUACGCCGAUCAUUUGUUAAGCUGCUAAUGUUGAUGCUAUCAUGAGUUAGCUCGCUAUGUAGCUAAUUUAGGUGAAGAGUUGAUCAGCUGUUUAAACAGGGUUGGAUAGUGGUGUGACGCUUCUGGCUAGAUGACCACUUGAUUGCAGUCAUCUGGACUCGGACUGCGAUGUUUAGCCUGAUGGCGAAUUGCUGCAACUGGCUGAAACGCUGGCGAGAGCCUGCAAGGAAAGUGACUCUGCUUAUGGUGGGACUGGAUAAUGCAGGGAAGACAGCCACAGUACGAGGAAUCCAAGGAGAGAAUCCCCAGGAUGUGGCUCCUACAGUGGGUUUUUCCAAGGUUGACCUGAAGCAGGGCAAGUUCGAGGUGACUAUCUUUGACCUGGGUGGCGGGAAGAGAAUCCGGGGCAUCUGGAAGAACUACUAUUCAGAGUCGCAUGGUGUGGUGUUUGUGGUGGACUCCAGCGAUGUUCAGAGGAUCCAGGAGACACGGGACACCAUGGCCGAGGUCCUCCAGCACCCGCGUAUCGCAGGGAAACCUGUGCUAGUGCUUGCCAACAAACAAGACCAGGAGGGAGCGCUGGCUGAAGCAGACAUCAUUGAGAACCUGUCGUUAGAGAAGCUUGUUAACGAGAACAAGUGCCUCUGUCAGAUCGAGCCAUGCUCUGCAGUUCUAGGCUAUGGCAAAAAGGUUGAUAAGUCCAUCAAGAAGGGCCUGAAGUGGCUCCUCAACAACAUUGCCAAAGACUACGAGGCCAUUACUGAGCGUGUGCAGAAGGACACGGCCGAGCAACGUGCUCAGGAGGAACAGGACAAGAAGGAGAGGGCGGAAAGAGUACAGCGGAUACGAAAAGAGAGAGAGCAGCAGGAGCGGGAAGAGGCGGAACGUGAGGGAAGGCAGAUCCAGGAAGAGGAGCCUGAUGAUGAAAACAUGCACAGCCCCUUCCAACCAAUCAGCAAUGCGAUCUCUGAGAAUGAGGAUAAAGAAAAGGAGAGGAAGAGGCUGCAGGAGGCCCGGACCAACAGCCCGAAGACAGAUGUUGAUCAAGAGGAAGAGGAGUAUGAGGACGACAACGAUGAAGAGCCAGACGACACACGACAAAUGCCGGAAAAUGCCAGUUCAGCCACAACAGGCGAGCAAGACAAAAAGAAGACGAGGAAGCUGCACCUGAAGAGGAAGCACAGGGUGGACCCACUGAGGACUGAGGACGGGCCAGCAGAGAGCCCCACCCCUCCGCCUCCUCCAGUGGGAUGGGCCACACCCAAAGUUUCUAGGCUGCCAAAACUAGAGCCACUCGGGGACUCGAGACAUUCUGAAUUUUACAAGAAGCCUCUCCCGCCUCUUGCGAACAGGCCGCGGCCUAACGGCGAUGCUCAUGACAUCAUUUUUUAAACUCCUUUACUGAUUGAGGUCCUCCCUUUUGCUUUGUGUCUAAAGCGAGCGGCGUGUAGACAAGCACAUACAGAGACACUGCAGACAGACGACUCCUGAUGUGGGACCCGCUGAGCGCUGACGUGUGACUGACACGAAACACAGGAGCAACAUGGGAAAUGAAGUCCUGCUCAGAAGCUGUUGUAUGGUUUCACAAACUGACACAAUUCAGUGUGAAACAUUGAACCUGCAUGAACUGAUUUUCUGUCGGGUUCUUUCUUCACUCGACAAAAGCACGUUUGGUGCUGAACUCUUUCCGCAACUGUAGACUGAAACUUUAUUUUUUAUUGUUAAUAUCAGUGUUAGACAGUAUGGACUCCAUUUGUCCAACUGAAAUGCUUUUAAUUGACAAAGAAUGUAAAUGUGUCCACUAUAACCUUAUAUAUGUUUAUGUCUGUUACUGAAUAAUGGAAUUUGUAUACACACCGCCAUUAAAAAUGAUCAUAUUUUAUUCAUUUACUUUAGCACCUUUUGGUUUUGUAGUGUAAACAAAGGUGUAUAUGAUAUCGGUAUAGAUCAAAAGGUAGAGAUCUUAAGUGGCUUUUUCACAGCAGAGUGCUUUAAACAUCAUCUUUUUAAAGUCAAACAUUUCUUUUUUUUUUUUUAAACAAUGAAAUGUGAAAUGAGGAUGAGUCACAGCUUUCAAGUGGAGGUCAAGGAAAUUGUCCUCGCAUGUGAAACGGGUGUAAUUUGCUACGCUGUACUGUACAUGGAAAAGUGUUACACUACAUCAUGAUUGUUAAUUGGUCAAUGUUAGUAAUGAAUGUCUUGAAAUUUCACUUACAUAUUGUAAAGUUUUUAUGGCCAUGAAAAGAAAAACACUGACUUGUUAAAUCUGUAAUAGGGAAAAUUUGUCUCUUACCAGCAUCCUAAAGGGUGUUGUCUUUUUAUUUAUUGUUAAAAAUGUAAACAUAUGAAAAUAUAUUUGUCUUUAUUUGUCUACAGGGCUACAGAUUUUUUACGCAUUCUGCUGUUUACACUGUGUAUCUGUUUUUAAAGUGAUAUUUCUCUUGAGGCAGGAAUCAGCCUCCGACUUGCUCCCUCUCAGGUGGCCCUGAGGUGCGAGCCAGCACUGUUGUUGUUCCAGCUUUUCUGACUUUUUAUGUCUUCUGCACCAAUUUCCACUUUGAAAAUAGCUAAAAUUGCAUCUCAAAAAACACAAACACAAAUCUGGAAAAAACCCCAGAACAACUUGGAACACCCCAUUACCCCAGUUAAGUUUCUGUGUGUUGGAAGAGUUUGCAGUGGGACGAUGAGGGAGGAGAAAAUAUCACUACACCGACACCUGGAGCAGCCAGUAUUGGGUCAGAGCACAUGAGAAUAUGUGUGUAGCAAAAGUAAGCACAUGAAAUAUCACUUUAAAACUACAAUAUUAUAUUUCAAAUCUAUAGGACAACACUCACUCUCUUGUUAAUGACCUAGAUGUUUGAAAAAAUAUUUUUUCUACCCAGUUUGAAUUUUAUAACAGCACAAUUAAAGAUGUUUUAAAUAUA